CGUUGGCGGUCUGUGGAGUAUCGUGUUGUGUUCGUCUCGCCGGUCGUAGCCUUUCUUGUUUGUAAUUGUUUUUUUUUUCCUUUCGACCCGACGUGCGUGAUUUCUCUCCUCGUGCUCCACAUUUACAUUUCCCCGCAUCACACAAACGCCAUAUCGCGUGUGACAUAGCUUAUUAAAAAAUUUUAUAAUCCAUUCGGCUGGUGUUUAUUUUUAACAUGUGCUACGUAUAGACAGCAAUAGGGCUGCGUGUUUUUUUAAAUUUUUUUUUGUUAUUUGCUUUCGCGAACAUGAAGGCGAAGAAAUCUUUUCAACCGUCUUCGACGUCCCUGUGCUUAAAAGGGAUGCUUUCAUUGAUCCUGGUUACCAUGGUAACGGGAGACGCCACGGCUCAAGGCGUAAGUGGUGGCAGCAGUGACUACAGCGUAGGAAAUGUGGAGCAGCCGGCGUUCCUCACAGUUGGCAGGAGUUACCGCAUCAAGACGUCCGAUACAGUCGUCCUACCUUGCGAAGUCAUCAACCCUGGCAAGUUCGUGCUGGCGUGGAAGCGCGGGAUCGCCAUCCUGACGGCCGGCAGCGUGAAGGUGUCGCCCGACACGCGGCUGCGGCUCGUGGACGGCUACAACCUGGAGAUACGUGACGUGGAGCCGCAGGACGCCGGCGACUACACCUGCCAGAUCGGCACCAUGGAGCCCAAGGAGGUCACCCACACGCUCGAGAUACUCGUGCCGCCGAGGAUCCACCAGGUGACGUCACACGGAAAGGUGGAGGUGAAGAAGGGGUCGACGGUGACCUUGGAGUGCCGCGCCUCGGGCAACCCGGUCCCCACCAUCACGUGGACCCGCAAGAACAACCUGCUGCCGUCGGGCGACCAGUCGCUGGACGGCUUCAGCAUCACCAUCGAGCAGGCGAACCGCCACCACGCGGGCGCCUACCUCUGCACGGCGGCCAACGACGUGGGCGAGCCCGUCACCGAGCAGAUCAACCUGCACGUGCUCUAUCCGCCGGAGAUCGAGGUGGAGCGCAGCUGGGUGCACUCCGGAGAAGGCUACGAGGCGCAGCUGGUGUGCAUAGUGCACGCCGAGCCGCCGGCCGAGAUGGUGUGGUACCGCGACACGCUGAGGCUGGACCCCACGGACCGCCGCAUCAUGGAGGUGCGCGGCAGCCGGCGCACGCUCAUCAUCCGCAAGGUGCAGCACUCGGACUUCGGCAACUACACCUGCGUGGCGGACAACGCCCUGGGCAAGGCGCGGCGCGCGGUCGAGCUGUCCGGCAAGCCGAACCGGGCCGUGUUCCGCAGCCAGCCGCUGGGCCGCUACAAGGACAGCUACAACCUGACGUGGUCCGUGAACAGCCUGACGCCCAUCGAGGAGUUCAAGCUGUUCUACCGCCGCCUGCCGGGCAACUCGGCGCGCGCGCUGCCCGACCACCUGAGCGUGCACGGCCAGUACAAGUGGCCCUACCGGCGGGACAACGAGACGCACCUGUACCCGAGCUACGGCAUCCGCGGCGAGUGGAACGACGUGAUCCUGCCCGCCAUCCCGUCCGAGCUGCACACGCAGCAGAUGUCGUACCUCAUCAAGGGGCUGGACCCGGGGGCGCAGUACGAGGCCAAGGUGCAGGCCAAGAACAGGUUCGGCUGGGGCCACGUGUCCGAGGGCUACCAGUUCGUCACCAGGGGCUCAGACAACUCCCUGUAUGAGCCUUCACCCGAACCCGCAGUAUUCGCAGAGCCGGAGGUGAGAGACCUCAGCAUGACGGUCUUCAACGGCCCGGCGCUGCCAACCUGCGCAGCGACAACGCGCCUGCUCGUGGCAGCCAUGCUCCUCGUGGCGUGGACAUAGAGACGCAGGCCAACUUUCAAGGCCUCUGAACGUCUCUUCUGGCUGCAAAUUGGGAGGAGCGUUGAUACAAGACUGUACGAGCCAAACAAAAUGAUGAAUUUAUCUAUUUUUAAUAGUACUGCGAGGUUUUUAAGCGUGAAGAUGUUUUGUAUGUGUGCGGGAGGAAGGACGGGGCAAAGUUCGAUCGACAGUGUUGCGACAGCAGGCGAAACGGGAGUCGGGAACAUGCUCAUGUCCGAGAAGAAUGUGAAGUGCGCGCCCUGGCGGAUGGAUAUUAAAGUGCGCGUAACUGAUCCAAGCUAUGUUGCUCCGAGCAGUGAAACUCAAAAUGAAAGUGAAAAGGGGCCAAAAACAACUCUUUCAGGUAGAACAGGUGAAACAAAAAAUAAAAUAAAAUGUUACUAUGGACGAACUGAAGUUGCAAGCGUGAAAAAAAAAACAAGGAUUUUUUUAGAACUGAAUGCAUUUAUGUCUUAAAAAUUCAACCUUAGAUGUAAGUCGCUGUUGUAAUGUUACUUUGUACAAAACCAGUUCAUGUUGUAUAUUUUCAUCGCCUGGACGCACUUAAAUGGGAGAGAAUUUUUUCUACACACAUUCACCAGUCAUAUAAAUGUAUGUUUGUGUUUUCUCAAUGCAUAACAUUGUAUGCUUCGCUAUAAAACAUAACAUUUUCUGUAAAUAACAAUAUUCAUGAACCGGGGAAAAAAUAGUGAGCCAUGUCAUGUCUCUUCAGCAUUGCGGAAAAUAUUUUUAAGUAACACAGUUGAAAAGAUCAAACAGUUAGAGAAAUUUACUCACAAUGUAACACAUACUAAUUAAUGUUAUUAAUUUACUCACAAUUUGUUUUUUUAGAUCAUAUAAUUCGGAAAUAGAAAACAACUUAGUAAACCAUGUUUUUUUAUAUGUAAAAUGAAUUACAGCUUCUCAAAAAAAAGCUGUAAAACCCAUGCAGUUAAUAUUGUGUAAAAUAACUAAUGACAUUAGUUAUAAGAGAUAAGGUGUUUCUGCUGUAACACAGUUUUCUUCAAUUAAUGCAUUGAGCAGAUGGGGAAUAAAUGAAUGUGUUAUUUAAAUUAUUUGAAGGCGGACAGAAGAAAUAAAUAUCAGGGUAUGUAAGGGAUUACACAAAAAUUUGUAAAAGUAUUGACGAAUUUUCACACCACUGAGAGACAGGAAAUGUUAAUGUUGUUCUCGUGGUAAGUUGAUACAGAAGAAUCACAGGUCGAAACAAACAUUCCAGUCCAGUAAUGAGAUGCAGAAUGUGUGAUCUGACUCCGGUUUCUUGUUAUAUAGUUAUAAUGGCAGGAUUUUUUUUUUAUGUCUGUUCGUGGGAAUUGUGCUGUGUAAUCCUAAAUAGGUGUUACCCUGAAGUAUCGAAGGCCAGAAACAAACAAGAUCUUGAGAAAGUAAGAAUCUUCAUAAAAAACUAGAAUAUUUUCUCAUGAAUAAAAAGAUACCAGCCAAACCAAACACACCCACACAGCCUUUUUUUUUUUAAUAGAACGUACAAUAAAAUACCUUUCAUUUUCAUGUAUUGCGUGACAUUUGCUUGUUCUAUCCUUAAGAGGAUUAUAAAACUACAAAUUGGUUUUCUCCCAACAUUCAGUCCCGGUCAAGUAGACGAUGUUAAUUUAUUUGUAAAUUUUGGAAAUUGUAUUUUUUAUUUAAUAUGGGCGAGGUUUUGAAAUCACAAUGUACACUAUGAGAAUCAUGACAACCAAAAUCAAACAUCACUACUGUAACUUUUAAUGUUAAUGAGUGACACGGGAAAUUGGGUGCUUGUUUCUGGCCUGCGGGAUACUAUUAUGUUAAUGUCCAGUACUGUAUGAGAGGAAACGUAUGCAUUCUCCAAACACCAAUGAGCCGAGUUUAAAAAUAUGCCACACAGUUCAUGGCGAAACCUAUUCAGUACAUAUUUCAUAAUUUCCUCAGUUAUAUUUAUUAAAAACUCCCUACCGAUUAAUUACAUAGCUGUCAAUGCUUAUCCUACAACAAGGUAAAAACAAUGUGGUUCUCAUGAAUAAUAUUUAAAACGUUAUAUGCAGUCAUUUGUUCGCCAUAUGCAAUACAGGAAACUUUUCCUAAACCAGAGUUUGUGUAUUUAAAAAGGUGUACAGUAAACCUAACUUUAUACUGCAUGUACUCAAAGACGAUGAAAAGGUUAUGCGGUCCAACAUACUUUACAUAAUGUUGAGAUGAUAUUUCGUGGGAUGAGCACAAGUAACUACAAAAGAUGGUUGAAUGCCCAGAAAAGUUUCAAUAUAGUACUAUGUUCACAACUUAACAGUCAACAAUGGUGCUAACACAAAAGUCGCAAUAUCAACAUACCGUGGCAUGGCCCAGUGUUCACGUAGUUGAAGCCAACGAGGUAGCUAUAUUUUCGCCGGGAAUGAAGUCCUUGUGGGUGGCCGACAGCAUCCUCUCUCCAACCGUAGGCGUGAUUUAUAUUUACAGCUGGCUCAGGUUGCUAUCCAGCAUUUUAACAUCAAAAUUUAAAUAAAAAUACGCUACUUUUGGCUUGGAUCGAUGGAUCCAAAUAAACCCUAUACACAAACACACGAAUCCGCCUGAAUAUAAAGGCGAGAGAAGUGUGUAGUUGUAUUACCCAACGAUUUGAAUCAAUCAUAUAUUCGCUUAUAGAAGGUAAGCCGAGGUAUUAAGGGAAAUUCCAUACAAAUACAGAUUACAAAGUGUGAGAACCAGGUUGUUUUUAAAGUAUAUAAUACGAAGUUUAUUCAGCGCAAUGUUUUAAUUCGGUAACAUUUAUUAUAAAUGUAAAAAUGCAUUUUUAUCGGCUUCUAAAUAUUAUGGAAAUUCUAUGUAGUUUUCUGCGUCACCAUGCUACAAGUUCUUACAAUAUUUGAAAUAGUGAAUCAUAAAAGGAUGCGACAGCUAUCAUAACUACAAAAUCCCUGCUUUGUUGCACAGCACUAAAAUUCACCCUCCCAGAUGGAUAAAACCUGCGACGGCUUUAAACUGUGUGUAAAUUUCUUCUUCUGCCUGAGAAAUAUUAUUAGUGCGAGAAAGACAAUGACUAUAAUAAUUAUGUGUUUGUGUAUGCUUAAUAUGCCUUCUACUCAACUCUGCGAACGCAGAUUGAAUAUUUCUGUGUGCAGUCGAUUUCAAAAAAAAAUUUCUUAAAUGGAAUUGAUAAAACAUGUGAAUAUUAAAAUGUUUAUAUU